UCCCACCCACCGUCGUCGUCCACCACCACCACAGACCGCAGCAAUGGCAGCAGCAGCGACCGGCCAGCACAAGCUCCCCGACCUGCCGUACGCGUACGACGCCCUCGAGCCGUUCAUCUCCCGCCAGAUCAUGGAGCUUCACCACAAGAAGCACCAUCAGACCUACGUCAACGCCCUCAACCAGGCCGAGCUCGCAUACGCAAAGGCGUCCACCCCCAAGGAGCGCAUCGGCCUCCAGGCCGCCCUCAAGUUCAACGGCGGAGGCCACAUCAACCACUCCCUCUUCUGGCAGAACCUCGCCCCCGCCGCCUCCGAAGGCAAGGGCAACGGCGGCCAGCUCAAGGACGGGCCCCUCAAGGACGCCAUCAACGCCACCUGGGGCUCCUUUGACAAGUUCAAGCAGGAGUUCAACACCACCACCGCCGGCAUCCAGGGCUCCGGCUGGGGCUGGCUCGGCGUCAACCCCUCCAGCAAGCGCCUCGAGAUCACCACCACCCCCAACCAGGACCCGCUCCUCACCCACGUCCCCGUCAUCGGCGUCGACGUCUGGGAGCACGCCUUCUACCUCCAGUACUUGAACGUCAAGGCCGACUACCUCAACGCCAUCUGGAACGUCAUCAACUUUGACGAGGCCGAGAAGCGCUACCUCGACGCCACCUCUGGCUCCAAGCUCUGAACCCUGGCGCCCAAGCUUUGAGUGAAAGGAGUUGUACCAUGCAGUGUAAUAGUAGUAGCGACGAGGGGAGAAGAAUCUAAAAUGUUAUGUUUGUAUUCAUCGCUUCAAUCAAGUGCUGGUAUCCGAUAAGAUCACGGUGUCGCGAUCUCACGUUUGAUUGACAUUUCCUGUCGCACCCCGCCGACAUUUUCAUUUCGACGGCAUUCGGAGCUGGCACUGCACAGAGCGAUCAGUAGUCAAUCUGUAUUAUCUCGGCUUCGAUGUCAAGUCUAGUAUACACACACAUACAUCCGCACGUAACCCUC